CGAGCCGCGCGACCGCAUUGUCUGUGAACGGACAAAGAGCGACACAGUCAGCGUUACUGAACGCGAGCAUCGGGCAGGUAAGCGGGCAGGUGCCAUGACAACCGACAUUAUCUGCCCCAAUAUGAAGCCGACUUCGCCCCUUCGUUUACAUCGCUGUGUCCGAGCGCAUCUGGCCGCUUGAACUUCUUAAUGUCUGAACCCCAAAUCGGACCGUUUGGAGGGAUAACGACGUUCGCUGCGUUUUCACCAGCUCACACGCAGCUGGCAGCGGGUAAACAAAGCUGGACAGCCUUUGUCUCACCUCUUAAUUUAGCUAGUCCGGUUGUUCGCUUCAGCUACGCCAAAUCUUACUUUUCUAGCUGGCAUCAAACGUUAGCUACCCUUAGCUAGCAGUAGCCUUUAGCCUCGACAUCAGAGAGGUUUUUUCUCUGGCUUGCGUUAAUCGACUUGUCUUUUUCACUGGCUGGAUGAGAUGUCAUUCACCAUGGAGGAUAACUUGGAGUCCGGAUGGGUAUCCGUUCGACCUAAAGUCUUCGACGAAAAAGAAAGGCAUAAAUUUGUCUUCAUCGUGGCCUGGAACGACAUCGAGGGAAAGUUCGCCAUAACGUGCCACAACAGAACCGUGCAGAGACGGACCACUUUUCUGGACCCGCUCCUCGACGGCAGCCCCGCCGUCGUGCUUCCUGCCCCCGGCGCCUCCGUGGCAGAAAAUCACAAAAAAAGUCCGGUCACGACGAAGAAAGAUGAAGUCUGCCAAGCGGGUAAAGUUAGACCGCACUCUGUCCCCAAAGGAAAACCCGCAACAAAGGCUUUAAAAGUCGGUAUUUCUAAGACAUCCGAGUGCAUCAGCCACACGUUAGGCUCCUGGGAUAUUGUGACACCGAAGGUAAUAGAUAUCGAGAUCCUGGACCCCGUGGAUGUGCCGCUCUCUCCGGAUGAUGCAGACCCAGGGGACAGUGAGAACCCCGGCCGUGAGGACUUCAGCUGGGCCGGGCUGUUCUCCUUCCAGGACCUGAGGGCAGCCCACCUCCAGCUGUGCGCCGUCAACUCGGAUCUAGAGCCGUGUUUACCCUUGUUCCCCGAGGAGCAGUCUGGCGUGUGGACGGUGCUUUUCGGUGCGACUGGGGUGUCGCAGCGGGAGACGGACGCCCUGUGCUACCAGCUGCAGGUGUACCUGGGUCAUGCCCUGGACACCUGCGGAUGGAAGAUCCUCUCACAGGUGCUUUUCUCCGAGGGAGACGACACGGAGGACUACUACGAGAGCCUGAGUGAGCUGAGGCAGAAAGGCUAUGAGGAUGCUCUGGAGAGGGCCAAAAGACGAAUGCAAGAGGUGUUGGACAAACACAAAGCCAUGGACAGCAUGGUGGAGCUGCUGCAGGUGUACCCUGAGGAGGACGAGGCGUACGGAGCGCUGCUGGAGGCGACGACUCAGCUCUACCACUACCUGCUUCAGCCAUUCAGGGACAUGAGGGAACUGGCAAUGUUGCGCAGACAGCAGAUUAAGAUCUCACUAGAGACGGAGCGUCUCGGUCCUCGUCGUGUGGAGAGCCUGAGGAAGGAGGAUGAGGAUUGGCAGAAGAAGGCUCACGCUGCCGUGCUCUCCAUACAGGACCUCACUGUCAAGUUCUUCGAAACCACGACUCGAGCACAGAAAGCUUUGUAUGAACGGAUGCGGGCUGACCAGAGGAAGUUUGGCAAGUCGGCGUGGACAGCAGCAGUCGAACGCAUGGAGCGCCUGCAGUAUUCUGUUUCUAAAGAAACGCUGCAGCUGAUGAGGGCCAAAGAAAUCUGCCUGGAACAGAGGAAGCAUGGCCUGAAGGAGGAGAUGCAGAGUCUGCAAGGUGGAGAGGAUGCCAUACUGCGUCUGGACCAGCUGGAGGCGCUGUACUAUGAGCUGCAGCUGCAGCUGUACGAUGUUCAGGCAGAGGUGCUGCGCUGUGAGGAGCUGCUGCUCACUGCACAGCUGCAGAGUCUACGCAGGCAAAUGACAGAGCGACAGGAUGAGGUGGUGUACUACGACGCCUUUGAGAGCCCUGAUGCCAUGAAGGGUGGAGAAGAUCCCACAACCCCGCCGUCCCCCCUUAGAGAUGAAGAACUCAGCGUCCUACAGCAGAGGACGCGGCAGCUCGAGGCCCGCAGGGGCCGCAUCACUGCCAAGAAAGUCUACCUCAAAAACAAGAAGGAAAUCUGUAUUGUCAAUCACAACCAGAAGAUACAACAGCGACAAGGUAGCCACGAUGACAGCAGGUCCCUGCAGACACUCCUACAGGGGGGAGACGCCGAGGAAGAUGAUGAAGCCAAGAGAAAUGCCAGAGUGAGUCAGGAGAGGCAGAGGACGCUGGACAGGCUUCGCAGCCUCAAACAGCGGUAUCCCGGCCAGGUGACUCUGAAGUCCAGCCGGCUGCGUCUGAGUCAGCCCCACAGCCGGAGGAGGGCAGGACAGCAGCCCAGCACUCAGGCAGCCAGCGUUCAGACCGACUGCAUCUCCGACCUCCCAGAACUCUCUGCUCCUCCUCCCCCGGACGCCUGCGGCUGCGACAGCGUGUCUUUACCCACAGUUCAACUGCAAAGUCUCGACCCUUCACCUCCCUUCCUCUCCCUGCCUCCCCUCUCAGCCUCCCCAUCUGUUCUCUCCCUGGGUCCUCCUCCUCCACCUCCUCCACCGCCCCCGCCUCCCCCACCUCCUCCGCCUCCUCCUCUCUCAGAAGAGCAGCAGCAGGGUGAGAGGAGGGAGACGGGCAGCCCUGUUCGGCACCACACCCACGAGUCUGAAUCCUCGUCUCUGCCUUUGGCUCCGUUUUCCCCUCGAUUCUUCGACAGCAGCCAGCUGCUGACGGCGAGGAAGAAGCUGAGGAAGACGGCCUCGCUGGACUUGUCGCAGUGGAGGAGAGCGAGCUCCCCCAUGGACGAGGUGCUGGCCUCUCUCAAACGGGGCAGUUUCCACCUGAGGAAGGCCGAGCUGCGAGUCCUGGCCCCAGACCCGGACGACGACAGCAACAACAUCCUGGCUCAGAUCCGGCAGGGCGUCAGGCUGAAGAAGGUGCGGACCCGGCCGGAGCAGCAGCGUCACGCCAAGAGCUUCCCCCACUCGGCCGACGCCCUGACCCGCAGCAUCCACGAGGCUCUGAGGAGGAUCAAAGAGGCCUCGCCGGAGUCGGAGUCUGAGGAUGAAGGCCUUCCGUGCACUGACUGGGAAAACUAGUUUGGCUUAUUGGAAGAAUGUUUUUUUUUUUUUUUUAUUCAUCUUUUAUGGAGCCAAAAUGAAGAUAAAACAAUGGCUCAACACAAGUGGACAAGCCAGGGUUGAGU